CCACGUCCAAAUUUCAACUCAGGGAGAGGAGCUCCAGCAAUCACCGCCCUUCUCCCUCUUCUCUCUCCUGUCUCACCGUCGUGGCUUCAAAAAAGUCUCCUCCUUUGACCACCCCCUCUUUCUUCUCUUCUUCCUUCCCUUUGCUUUAAGCCUUCCCUUCCCAUAAUCCCAUCUCAUCUGUCUUGAUGAUUAACAGCACUCUUUAUAUAUCAAUUUGAUGGUUCUCUCGUCUGCAAACACGGGAGGCUAUUCUGCAAAUCAUGGGCAUCUGUAUUUCAACGACCAAGAAGGUCAAUGGCGCAAAUUCUAAUAACAACAGCGACAACAACAACAAUAAAAAGAAUAACAACCAGAAAGAGAGCACCAAACCCUCUUCAACAGCGCCACAAGAGAGUCAUAAGAAUCGAUCACAGCAGCCACACCCGAAGGGUAAAGGGCAUUCGAGGCAUCCUAACGGGGUUAUUCCAUGUGGGAAGCGAACGGAUUUUGGAUACGCCAAGGAUUUCGAUAAGAAGUAUUCGACCGGGAAAUUGUUGGGUCAUGGGCAGUUUGGUUACACUUUUGUUGCCACCGAUAAGUCUAAUGGGGAGCGUGUCGCCGUCAAGAGGAUCGAGAAGAAUAAGAUGAUCCUUCCUAUUGCUGUCGAGGAUGUUAAGCGAGAGGUCAAGAUAUUACAAGCCCUCACAGGCCAUGAGAAUGUUGUUCAAUUUUAUAAUGCAUUUGAGGAUGAAUCUUAUGUCUACAUAGUUAUGGAGUUAUGCGAGGGUGGUGAAUUACUGGACAGAAUAUUGGCAAAAAAAGAUAGCCGUUACACUGAGAAAGAUGCAGCAAUUAUUGUAAGCCAGAUGCUCAAAGUUGCAGCUGAGUGUCAUUUGCACGGUUUGGUACACCGUGACAUGAAACCAGAGAAUUUUCUUUUCAAGUCGACCAAAGAAGAUUCACCCCUGAAGGCCACAGAUUUUGGUCUCUCUGACUUCAUAAAACCAGGGAGGAAAUUCCAAGAUAUUGUUGGCAGUGCUUACUAUGUUGCGCCAGAAGUACUAAAGCGCAAGUCAGGGCCUGAAUCAGAUGUCUGGAGUAUUGGUGUCAUUACAUACAUUUUGCUUUGUGGAAGACGCCCAUUUUGGGAUAAGACUGAGGAUGGUAUAUUCAAGGAGGUCUUAAAGAACAAGCCCGAUUUUCGUCGGAAGCCAUGGCCAAGCAUAAGCAACAGUGCUAAAGAUUUUAUUAAGAAAUUAUUGGUGAAGGAUCCUCGUGCUAGACUGACUGCCGCUCAAGCCUUGUCACACCCAUGGGUUAGAGAAGGAGGUGAUGCCUCGGAGAUCCCUGUAGACAUAUCUGUGCUGUCCAACAUGCGGCAGUUUGUGAAAUAUAGCCGAUUGAAGCAGUUUGCUCUUAGGGCAUUGGCUAGCACACUUGAUGAAGAGGAGCUGGCUGAUCUCCGGGAUCAGUUUGAUGCGAUUGAUGUGGAUAAAAAUGGAGCUAUUAGUCUUGAAGAAAUGAGACAGGCCCUUGCAAAAGAUCUUCCAUGGAGAAUGAAGGAGCCACGUGUUCUAGAGAUCCUUCAAGCGAUAGACAGCAACACAGAUGGGCUUGUAGAUUUCUCAGAAUUUGUUGCAGCCACCCUUCAUGUGCAUCAAUUGGAGGAACAUGAUUCUGAGAAGUGGCAACAGCGAUCUCAGGCUGCUUUUGAGAAAUUCGACAUUGACAGGAAUGGAUUUAUCACACCAGAGGAACUGAGGAUGCACACUGGACUCAAGGGCUCUAUUGACGUACUUCUUGAGGAGGCUGACAUCGACAAAGAUGGGAAGAUAAGCUUGCCAGAGUUCCGUCGACUUUUAAGAACUGCUAGCAUCAGUUCACGCAAUGCACCAAAUUCUCGGAAGAUAUAAGUCACAGGUUAUAGUUUUAAAGAGUGACAGCAGGAGAGAGAGGUGACAAGGGCAUGUUAGAGGUGGUGUGAUACACCUCUUGUGAUCUAUGUACUAGAAGAUUGUAAUCCUAGACAGCCCUAACUGCUUCUGGCUCCAUCGCUAACCUGAAGGCCUGUGGAAAAGUGAGCUUGUAUUGAUGAUCCACAUUGGAUUGUGAAGAUGGAUCACACGAGGAGAAAGCUUGUUUGAUCAAUAGUUGGUGGGACUUCACACGAAGAUGGCUUUGGUGAACUUUGUUCCCUUAUGAAACUGUACAUCCUUAAUCAUAAUAGGGCUCAUAAGUUGUUCCCCUACAAUUGUAAUGUGUGAGAGUAGAAAUUACUAAUGCAAAAUUGGUGUCCUAGAAUUCUUUUAUCACAUACUUGAAUAACAGGAUUUUUUUCCUUUUUC